AUGUCGUCGCAACCUCCCCAAGACAUCAACGCCCUACUGCACGCAAUGCGUACGCAGAUUGGGGCGUUGACAGCUCAACUCGCCGAGAUGCAGGCCAAUCCCCCUGCAGCAACCCCCUCGGUUGAAAAGAAAUUCAACAAAAAGGUCGAAGUCGUCGCUGACCCUGGCGCCUUCGAGGGAGACCGGGCACGAUUUGCCGAAUGGUGGAUCAAGCUCCAAAUUUGGGUCAAGGCGAAUUGGGACGCGUUCGCCGACGACUUUGAGGUAGCUACUGCGGUGCUAUCUCGACUAAAAGGACCUGUGGCGGGUCGAUACGCCCAAGUUAGACUCCAGGAGUGCUACACCGCGGGAGUGUGGCCUACCUGGGACGAUCUCAAAAUUGAGAUCGAAAAAUAUUUUAAACCACAAGCUGAGCGUGACUGGGCACGUCAGCAAAUCCGUUCCUUCAAACAAGGAAACAUGAGGACGGAUGAUUUUGUAACCCGGUUCCUGGCCCUCUCAAUCCAAGGGGGUCUUGGUAAUGAACACGCAGUAGAACUGCUGGAACGCAAUGUGAACCCUCGCAUUGCAGAACAGAUCUACCUGCAGGAUACAAGAAGUGACAACCUGGCUCUGGCAGCCGAGGAAGUCCGACGAGUCGGUAGAGCCAUAGAGCUCUACACCAUGCACCAAGGUGGCGGGUCCACCAAACAAAACAACAUACCCCAGAGGCGCCCUGGGUCAUCAAACCAAUAUCAAAAACACUCUCACGGGUUCAAGCCGUUCGGGCUGCAACCAGGGCAGGGAGCCCCUAUGGAUAUUGGCGCGGUCCAAGGCGGACAGAUGCGCAGAUUCAAGGGGGCCUGCUAUAAUUGCGGCCAGGAGGGACAUAUGUCCAGAGACUGCAGAAAAGGGUCGCAGGCCGGCCAACAAAAAAAUAACCAAGGGCGCCAGGCGCGCCAAUUGGAAACCGAACAACCGGACGAUCGGCUCCACUCAUUGGCCGGUCGUUCUUACGACGAAAUCCGGGCUUUCUUCUACGACCAACAGGUCAACGAGAUGAAGGCCCAGGGAAAAGAAUUCGGGGCUUAG